AUGACAGUGUGCACAUUACAAGUGAACAGAGAGACCGAACACGUGAUGAGUGUUUCGAAAGUUUUCGACGAUUUGGACCCGAUUUUGGACCAACAAGGCGGCCUAAAGAAUCCUGAUUCUGCUGUUGAAGAGCUGAUAAGACUGAUGGACGCUGUGCAAAACGAAGACUUUGAUAUUCAACUGUGUUAUCUGUUAGUGCUCGCUGAGACUAAGACUGCCCAAAUUUUGACUGCGUUUCUCAAUAAAGGCGGUUGGCCGACGCUAGCUCGUUGGUUGAACGGCUAUAUUGAACAAAAACACUUUGUUGGAAUUCGGCAGAUGGUCAAAACGUACCGUAGUCUGCCAGUGACGCACUCCCUCCUCAAAAAGCCCAUCGAGACGGGCAAGAUGCCCGGCAAAAUGAUCCGCUCGCUCAGAAAGCAUGACGACGAGGUCAUAAAAGCCGUUUCGAGUGAAGUCUUUGAACUAUGGAACCAAAUAAUCAACGAGGAAAUGGCACGCAAAGAAAAGAAAGCCAAGAUCAAGAAAGAAAAGAAGGAAAAAGAAGCUAAAGAAAAAGGACAAGUUAAACUUGUGGAUAACAUGAUUGGAAACAUGUUUGAUGCUGCGCAAGAUGAAAAGAAAAAGGCAAAAAUUGACGAAAAGAAGCGCAAAGAAGCCAAGAAACGCCGUCGAGAAGAAGAAGAGAAGAAAAACUCGCUCCUGAACAACAUUAUGAACGCGAUGCCUGGCAAGAGUGACAACCCAACAACCUCGGAGACAGCUGCCGCGGUGCCCAAGACGAGUAGCAGCCCCGAACCUGUGCUGGAAAAACGACCGCGAAAGCCUGGUGCAAAGACUGUCCGAUGGACCGAUCAAGCAUCAGCUCGACCGCUCGAAAUGGUCCGAGAGAUUGAAAUUGACCCACAAGAAAGAGCCAAUGUGAACUCCGAGGCAUUCAAACGUCAACUGAAUCUCGAAGCUUUCCGGGAAGGAGAACAUCUCCACUCGGAUGCUCCUGUGAAUGUCUUCCACGGCGUGAACCAGGGCGACACAAAGCCCAAACGUCAAUGGCGCUCUCCUCGAAAAAUCUCCUCGUUGAUUCCCGAUCAAGCGCUGAAAAACAUGGACCGCUUCUCCGCGAACUCCGACGAAAAGCUCAAAGCUGAAGAACGUACUAAAAUGCAACUGGCCCGAUUGUACGUCGCCUCCGCUAUUCCUGACUCUCCAAGUGAACCGGACAUUCGCGCCCCAGUGCCUUCUCGAGACAAAGUCAAGAUCAUCCCUCAGCUGACCGAGGAGCAAGAGAUGAAGCCAGAUAUCAAACCACAGCUCGAUCUCGAGGACUUGAAUAAACCAGUCAUGGAUUUGUCCAGCGUCAAUCUUAACUUUGACAUCAACACGAUUCGUGCUGCAGUUUCCACCGCUAAUUCUUCCAAUCAUCAGAGCUACCCGCCCCGAGUCUCUCCCCCAAGCCAGAAUCGCUACUCAACCUCUCCGCCGAUCGAGUCCAACCGUUUCGGCGGCCGAGGACCACACGAGCCAACUCCGCCUCGUCGCCACUCUCCUGCUAACAAUCGCUACGAGCCGUAUCCAGAUCGUCGUGGUUCCCCCGGUCGAGGUGAUCAUCGGUCUGGCUUUGUCGAUCACCGAAACCAGGGCGGCUUCAAUGGCAACCACCGUCACAACAUGGCGGUGGACAUCGUGGCUACCGAAACAGCCCCCCUCCUCGAGACAACUGGGGAGGCCCUCGGCGAUCGCGAUCUCCUCCACGGACCUACAUUCGCGACUACCGCCGCUAAAUCCGCUACUGGCUUGGCCGUCGUCUAUUUUGUCAUUUCCGCGUAUUUCGGAUUCUUGCUUGUUUCGCUGAACAAAUUGGACGAAGAUUACAUCAGCUUUGAAGACUAUGCUUACGAAGACUUCGAUUUUCCCAAAAUCCCAAUUCAGUGUUUCCAGUACUCGUUCAUGCUGACGCUUAGCUGGACAAUGAUGAUGACGAGUCUGUGCGGCGUGAUGGGCAUUUACGCUUGCAACUGCGCCAAGAAUGCGAUUUUAAUGAACCGCCGAGUGUUCUCACUUACACGUGAUCUGCGGGCUCACGCGGAAAAGCCCGACGACUUGAAGAUUGAUAUUCCACCGACAUACGAUGAACUGUUCCCGGACAAACCAGCUCAGAAUGAUCAGAACCCACAAGAUCCGCCGCCCUUUAGCGCCACCUGA